AUGUUUCAGCUCGUCAAGAAACUCUUCAAACGACAGAGUCCCAACACUGGCAAUGACUCUGACAAUGAACCCAAGGCAGCAUUUCAUAGAUUCGGUCAAUUGCCUCAGGAAAUCCAAAACUUGAUCUGGGCUUAUGCUAUAUGUGUUGAUGCUCCACGGGCCUACUUCGUGGAUGUCAGGAAAUUGCCCGACAACCCUCGAACACUAGAAAUGGUACACUCUAUCCCAGCAAAUCUUGGUUGGUUUCCUCCUCCGCCGGCUUCAAACCCAAAAGGUGAUUAUGACCUGAUGCGAGUUUGCCGUGCAUCAUACCAAGAGAUCACCCGCUGCUGGAACUUUUAUCGGCCGCAAGUCCCUGCCCGCAUGAUACUCGACAACUCGCAUGACAAUGCUCUGAGGAAGAAGAAAUUAAGUAGCAUUAACAUCGAUGCAGCCAGCGACCUGGUCAUUGUCGAGAGAUGGUGUCACAGUAGUGACCGUGUAAGUGGGAUCCAAGGCGCCAGAAAUUACUUGCCGCUUUGGAUGUCCCUGAUGUUCGACGGUCUAAGAGGCAUCCAAAGUGUAGCUAUACCGGUCGACAAAAAUCUUAAUUUCAACGACCAUUCUCCGUAUCUGGCAUACGUGAAAGCCGCAUUUCCUGAUAUCAAAACACUAUAUUUCUGCGUGCGGCCAGCUCAACUAGUUCGUUACAAGUGGAGCCACGUAGAGAUGCCCGCCUUCCUGAGAACUCAACCACGGCCAGGUAAAGAAGUCUUCAGGGCUCGCGGCCGCAUAUUCUACGAGAUCAGUGCUCAGGACAUGAAGGACGCUGGAAUCUACCCGGAAGACUUGGUUGAACUGUGGCUGACGAAGGAGUGGAGGUGGCAGCGGAAUGGCAUGCCUCGUAUCAAGUUCAUGACUUGGCAAUGGAUCCGGUGA